AUGGAUGACAUUAUUCCUGACUUAGUACGUGAUACGAAUUUGAGUUCACCCACUUUGGACAAAGUCCCUGUGACGAUUCUGUCAGGAUACCUUGGUGCUGGAAAAACUACUCUUUUGAAUUAUAUUCUAACCUAUGCCCAUAACAAAAAGAUUGCUGUUCUUUUAAAUGAUUUUGGAGAAGGUUCAGCUGUAGAGUCUAGUAUUGCGUGGAGUGAAAAAGAUGGCAACCUCUUUGAAGAAUGGAUAGAAUUGCGUAACGGUUGUUUAUGCUGUUCUUUAAAAGAUGCAAGUGUACGAGCCAUUGAAAAUUUAAUGAAGCGGAAGGGAAAAUUUGAUUAUAUUCUAAUUGAGACAUCUGGACUUGCUGAUCCAGGUCCUGUUGCAUCACUCUUCUGGUUAGACGAAGAUUUAUGUAGUCAAAUUUGCCUCGAUGGAAUCGUAACAGUUUUGGAUUCAAAAUACUGUUUACCACAUCUUAUGAAGUCUACUGGGGAUGAGAUGAGUGAAUAUGAAAGACAGGUACUUUUGGCUGAUGUACUCAUUGUCAACAAAACUGACUUGAUUUCUGAUUCAGAAAAAUCAGAAGUGGUUCAGCGUAUUAGAGAUAUCAAUAAUUCUGCUAGGCUCAUUGAAACUAAUUAUUGCAAGGUGAAUUUGGAAGAAAUUCUCGAUCUUCAGAUGUAUUCUAACAGUCCUAAACUGGAAGCUUUUGUUCCGUCUUCCAAAUCGGUAUCAAUUCAUUUGAAUAGACGAAUAUCAACGCUGACCUUUGAGUUUUCUCGUCCAUUCAGUCGUAAAUUGUUUGAAAAUGUUAUAGAGUCAAUGCUUUGGGAGCACAGUGUUCACGAUGAGAGCGGAAAUCCAAUGAAUGUUCUACGCUUAAAGGGAUUUAUUCGCUUCAUAGAUGAUGAUUGUACUUACAGUCUACAGGGAUUGAACGAAAUUUAUGAUCUUUCCCAAAUACCUAAUGAAAGAGCUGAAUUGCUUAACCUAAACGGAACAAGAUUAAUAUUUAUUGGUCAUAAUCUAUGUUCAUCAAUUUUGAAAGAAUUGCUCAUUAAUUGUACAGUAUGA